UUGUGAACAGACUCAGGGACCAUAGCGGGCUCCACCGCCUCAGAAGGUUAUGCAGCAGAAGCUGCCACCUCUCUGGGAGCUACGGCAGUGUGUGCAGCCCAAAUGCAUAGAAUGGCCAUAGCCAUCACAGGCAGGACAGAGAGCACAGCGUCUAUUUCUAACACAGACAGCGCUGUGACCGGUAAACUAGAGAGACUAGCGACCGGCAGGCUUGGGAGUUGAGUGUCAAAGGUGAGGGAUGGAGUGCCCUCUAGCAGAGUUCAUGGGAACUCCAGCUGGUGAUCGUAACAGUGUGUGUGUGUGUGUGUGUGUGUGUGUGUGUGUGUGUGUGUGUGUUCACUACUCACUGCUCUCUGUGUGCACUUUGAUGGGUUGAAUUCAGAGGACAAAUUACAAGGAAGGGUUAUCAUACUUGGCUUAUACAUCACUAUCCCUAUCACUGUUUACUUUAAUAAGAGCCAAGUGUCUCAAAAGAAAACUCCAACACAAGUUUACAGACUUGCAGACUGUUUUACACACGUCACUCAAACACAGAACCAGGAAACAGGAAUCCGUUAAAGGAAAGAGAAAGUGAAAGUGUAGUUGAGCUCUUGUGUGUUCGUGUCUGUAUUCAUGAAGUAAAAUGGCUGAAGCCAGAUAUUUUCAGGAUGAGUUCACGUGUCCAGUGUGUCUGGAUCUCCUGAAGGAUCCAGUGACCAUCCAGUGUGGACACAGUUACUGUGAGAACUGUAUUACAGCCCGCUGGGAUCAGGAGGAUCAAAUGAGAGUCUACAGUUGCCCUCAGUGCAGACAGGCCUUCAGUCCAAGACCUGCUUUAGCUAGAAACACCAUGCUGGCUGAAGUGAUGGAGAAACUGAAGAAGAGGAAACGUCCUGAUGACUGUUAUGCUGUAGCUGGAGAUGUGCAGUGUGAUGUCUGUACUGGAAGAAAAUACAAAGCCGCCAAGUCCUGUCUGGUGUGCCUUAAACAACACUAUAAUAAUCACAUAGAACAACACAAAAUUUGGAUUAAAGCAAAGAGACACAAAUUGACUGAAGCCACUGGACGACUGCAGGAGAUGAUCUGCCAGAAACAUGAGAAGCUCCUUGAGAUUUUCUGUUGCACUGACCAGAAAUAUAUAUGUAUGCUGUGUACGAUUAUUGAACAUAAAAACCAUGAUGUUGUAUCAGCUGCAGAACAGAGGACAGAGAAACAGAAGCAGCUGAAGGAGACGCAGAAGACGCUCCAGCAGAGAAUCCAGCAGAGAGACAAAGAUCUCCAGCAGCUGAGAGAGACUGUGGAGUCUCAUAAGCACUCUGCACAGACAGCAGUGGAGGACAGUGAGAGGAUUUUUACUGAGCUCAUCCGCCCCAUUGAGAGAAGCUGCUCUGAGCUGAUACGACUGAACAGAGAUAAGGAAAAGGCUGCAGUGAGUCGAGCUGAAGGACGACUGGAGCGACUGGAGCAGGAGAUCAAUGAUCUGAGGAGGAGAGACGCUGAGCUGGAGCAGCUUUCACACACACAGGAUCACAUCCAGUUCCUGCAGGUAACACAGAUCUAGAAGAACAGGGUCAGAGUGGACUUGAGCAGAUCCUGCUGUGACAGAGACUCACAGAGAAACAUUUCAUGAGUGUGUUAUAACAUAAUCAUCAGUCAGACUCUCACCUGAUCAUCUUCUUUUGAAAGAGACACCUCUUACAAAUGGCUUUCAGCUCUGGAAAUCUCUUAGGAAUCAUUUCUCUGAGCUUUUUAUUCUUGAAGAUAUAUUUAGCUGUCAAACACCACUAGCGCCACCAACAGGGGAAGUCAUGGCCUAAUGGUUAGAGAGUCGGACUCUUAACCCAAAGGUUGUGGGUUAG